AGAUUCGAUCGGACACGAUAAUACGUCCUUCGACUUCGCUGUUUGGAAGUCGACUUCUAUUUGAUCGAGUAGGUGGCAGCAACGGCAACGUUCUCAUGUAUCUUAUUCUACGUGAAAAAUGGCGGAUUGCAAGGAGGACACGGAAGGAGUCGAUCGACCGCCGCUCGUCUUAAAAAUCGAUCCACCCGAGGAGUCACCUAAGGAAAACACCGAGGAGACUUCAACAAACGAUAAGUCAGCAGUGUCAUCGGACCAGGAUGAAACGACGAGCCAUAGUCAUAGCCAAGCGACGGAGUCCAACGACCAGGCAUCCGCAUCAACCAUAGUUGUUAAGCCCCUGAAUAAAAAGCAUUAUUCUCUAUUGGCUGCUUCAAAGUUUGGACAUUCAUUUGGCUUCAACGAUCUCUCCGGUAACUCUGUCACUCAAAGUAGCAAAGCAAAGUCGUCUAUAUUGAGGCCGUCACAAUUGAGCGCUGUUACUAAUAGUUGCGCUUCUCCGGAUAAGAGCGUUCUGCAACCUGCAAAGUUUCAUAACCCAUUUACCAAGGUUAUUGAUGAUUCCAUAGAAGAAGAGGAAGAGGAGAAUAACGAAUCUGAAACGAGAAACGACAAAGCGGUUGAUGAGUCCAUGAAUGAAGAGAAGCUUGUUGAGGAAGAUGCGAAACCUACCGUCUUCUUACCUCUAGGUGUGAGCGCAAAAGAGAAUGAGAACAGUAUAAAUAAUACUGUGGCGUCUAGCACGUCUACCCCUAGCUUUGUGUUUGGUCAGAAUCUGAAGGAACGCGUCACUGUUUCGAAUGACAUCGAUGACACUUUGGAGAAUUCUGACAAGGACGAAGCGAAGAAGAGCGAAGAGACCAACGAGAAUGGAUCUUCUGAGCUCUUGUUUUCGAAUGCAGCUGCAAAUUGUCGUUCUACAGUCAGGCCAGGUUUAACAUUAACCCAAGCGGCGCAAGUGUUGGAGGAAGCUAACCGUGCGAACAAGAGAAAAUAUAAUCAAGUAACGCCGUUAACUGGCGAGGAAGGAGAGACGAACGUUCUUCAAAUUAACUGCAAACUCUUUGCAUUUGAUAAGACUAGCAGCAGUUGGCAGGAGAGAGGGAGAGGUACGCUGAGACUCAACGAUCGGGACGAAGAAUCUCGUUUGGUCGGUCGUACCGCUGGAACGCAGAGAUUGAUUCUAAACACUAAAGUAUGGCCGGGUAUGACCGCGGAACGUGCCGGACCUAAGUCGUUGAGACUAACCGCGAUGGAUGUUCAUGGAGAUAUCCGAAUCUUUAUCGUUCAAGCGGCACCUAAAGAAGUCGACCAGUUACACAAUCUCCUGUUGCAGCGACUUAAGCGCGCGCAAGAGCGUCACCCGAAAAAGCUAGCGACGGACCACUGACGAUCGAUCUCAGGCAGCUCCGGCGAUACCUUGAUUUGUGCGACAAGUCGCAACUCGAGGUAGUUGAGGCAUCAGUAUUCGUCGGAGGAGGAAGAAGAAGAAGAAGAAGAACGACAAGUAGCGGUAGAAGAAGAACAAGUCGUAGCACUUGUACAAGUCAACACCACUCUUGUACAAAUUUAACAUUUUACUUCCUUCUUACGAACGCAAAGCCUUUUUGUAAUCAUUCCUAAUUGAUAUUCUUUUAUUUGAAAUUUCCUAUUCCUUAAAGUCGAAAAUGUGAAUUAUUAGAAAAAAAAAUCACACAAAAAACAAAAAGGAAAAGAAGUAAGUAGAAGUUUUUAAGAAUAGCGUAAUAUUAGUUACACAUGUAAGUCGUAAGAGAGAAUCAUGAAAGAAAUAGCAUAUAAUUUAACUCUUGAAAUAAAUCUCUGAAAAACUUUACGCAUGUUAUACACGUUACUACAUCACAUAAAGGCUUCAACAGAUUUGUAUCACGUUUUGCUACGGUCGGCUAUAUCCUUCUUUUUUUAUGCUCGAAAAGUUUCACUGAUUGAUUGAUAUAAAAAUAUAUAAAUAGAUUUAAUAAAUAAAUGAUUUGUGUAUAUUUAUGAUGAUUAAUCGAUAUAUGAGAGUGGCUGGACGAAUAACGAUAUUUGCGUAGCAUAUCGUAUAUUGCUGUUAUAUGUACUUUGACUUGUAUUUAAAAGAAGGUUUGUGGGAACGUACAAUAAAACGGCAUUAUUAAUUGAU